AUGACCAUCGAUUUCACGGGAACUGCCGAUCAACGGCCCGGCUGCAUCAACGCGCCCCGUGCGGUCACGGUAUCGGCCAGCCUGUACGUCGUGCGCUGCGUCGUCGGCGACGAAGCACCGGCCAACCAGGGGUGCUUGCGCCCGGUGGAGGUGAUCACGCCCCGGGGCAGUCUGGUAAACCCGUUGCCCCAGCGCGGCGUCGCCGGCGGCAACGUCGAGACAUCCCAGCGCAUCACCGACGUGCUGCUGGCGGCCAUGAGCCAGGCCAUGCCAGACCGGAUCCCCGCGUCCUCCCAGGGGACGAUGAACAACAUGAUCAUCGGCGGGCAUGACAUCUCGCGCGACAAGCCCUACGUCUACUACGAGACCAUCGGCGGCGGCAUGGGCGCGCGUCCCGACAAGGACGGCGUAUCCGGCAUCCACACGCACAUGACCAACACCAUGAACACCCCGGUGGAAGCCUUGGAGUUCGCGUUUCCCCUGCGCCUGCGUCGCUACGCCUUGCGCCGAGGCUCCGGCGGCGACGGCUUGCACCGGGGCGGCGACGGGCUGAUCCGCGACGUCGAGUUUCUCAGCCCCGCCCGCGUUACCGUCCUGUCCGAACGCCGUCGUUUCGCUCCGCCCGGAUACCACGGCGGACAUCACGGCGAGCACGGCGAAAACGUUCUGCUGAAGGGCGGGGUUGAAGAGGUCCACCUGGCCGGCAAGGAGACCCUGGACGUGGAGGCCGGCGACAUAUUGAGCAUCCGCACUCCCGGCGGCGGUGGUUGGGGCGCUCCGGUUGGGCAUGAUGAGCACGGGCAUCACCACUGA